GGUACUCGCUGAAGAGUCGAAUAGGCUCUCUCCGGACUGCAGAUUGGUCUAGACAAGCUAGACAAGCUAGACGAGCGCAGUAGAAAGGAACCAACGAGAGAGAGCCCUCGAGUCAGUCAAGAUGGACAGGUUCCUACCCCGAGACACGGAUGCCUGCUCGACCGGCAAUGACUUUGACGGGAAGAUGGGCCUACGGAUCUCGUCCAUCUUCGUGAUCAUGGUGGGCUCGAUGUUCGGCGCCGUCUUCCCCGUGCUGGCUCGUCGGUUGGGCGGUGCGGGGAUCCCCUCGUGGGCGUUCUUUAUCGCCAAGUACUUUGGCUCCGGGGUGAUCAUCGCCACGGCGUUUAUCCACCUGUUAGCCCCCGCGGAAGAGGCUCUGACGGAUCCGUGCCUGACGGGGCCGAUCACUGCCUAUAGCUGGUGCGAGGGGAUCAUUCUGAUGACCAUUGUGGUGUUAUUUUUCGUCGAACUCAUGGUCAUGCGGUAUUCCCGGUUUGGCGCCAGUCAUCACCACGGCGAAGAAGAAGGAGAAGAAGAAGAAAAUCAUCAUCAUCAUCACAAUCAUGACCUCGAAAUGUCUGGUCAGUCCAGUCCUAGUGAGAUGUCAAAGAGUCAUAUACCCGGACAAGAUCACCUGGGUCAUUCGCGCGAACACCACGAUGCCGAGAUGACGAAACAAGGCCCAACUGCCACGGAAGAGUACAUGGCGCAGCUGACGUCCAUCUUCAUCCUGGAGUUUGGAAUCAUCUUCCACUCCGUCUUCAUCGGGUUAACGCUUGCCGUCUCCGGCUCCGAAUUCACCACCCUCUACAUUGUCUUGAUCUUCCACCAGACCUUUGAAGGAUUAGGUCUCGGGUCCCGUCUGGCGACCAUCCCGUGGCCCCACUCGAAACGGUGGACGCCGUACUUUCUCGGCAUGGCGUUCGGCGUGUCGACUCCCAUCGCCAUUGCCAUCGGCCUCGGGGUGCGCAAGACGUACCCUCCAGACGGGCGGACCACGCUCAUUGUGAACGGCGUGUUCGACUCGAUCUCGGCGGGAAUCCUCAUCUACACCGCGCUCGUCGAGCUGAUGGCGCACGAAUUCAUGUUCAGCACCUCCAUGCGCCAGGCCCCAAUCCGCACGGUGCUGGGUGCAUUUUUCUUGCUUUGCCUGGGGGCAGCAUUGAUGGCGUUACUCGGAAAAUGGGCUUGAUUUUUUUUUCUUCUUUAUAUUAGACAAAUUCCAUACAGUUACGACUCAUGUGCAUGGACCUAGAGACAAUUUAUUAUACUACUAGUAGUAGUAGAGUAGACUGACCACUAUUUCAAGGAAUUAUAUGCGAGCGCCUUCUCCAGCAGCGAUCAACAGCCGCCCACGUGCCUACUCCCUUUGCCAACGGUAUUCUAUUCCUUCUACAUGGUACACGAGGACUCUACAGAGAAACCUACGUGUAAGAGUGAGCCGACAGGUAGACAGAUAUCAUGAAACCUCC